AUGAAGGUGUUUAAUUUAGCAUUUUUGUUUAUUUCUCUUUUGUCACCUAAAGAUGUCUGCUGUUUAGAAUAUUUAGUUAGUCUAAAAACAGAUGAGACAAUUCAACAUUGUAUGGAAUCAUCUAUUAGUAAAGGUUACUCUGUCAAAGAAUUUUUUGGAGCUAAAAUUGGUAAAACAUUCUCAAUUGGUAGUUUUAAAGGUUUAACUGUCGAAUUAUCGUCAAGAGAAGUAUUGGAUAAAUUGAAAAAGAAUCCAUUUGUGGCAGAUAUUGUACCUAAUUUCCAAGUCAAGGCAUUCGAUGACGAAGAAGGUGGUAUUGAGGAAGAUAUACAUUGCUUUGAUCCAAAUAAUGUUAGGGAAGAAAGGGGAUCAUUUAACGAUGCCCAUAGGUUCCUUAAUCAUAGACGUUACAAAGAGAGGUACAGCGAUCAUGAUAUGAAGAAUGACAACGAAAAUCACGAUUACGAUUAUGACUAUGAAGACGAUGACGAAUCAGAUGGUGACAAUGUGUACAGCAAACCUAAGGUUGUUAAAAAACAAUUUGGUGCCCCCAGGCAUUUAGCUCGUAUUUCCCGCCGUGGUCAAUUACCAUUUGAUUUUCAAAAUAUAGAAAAAUACAAAGGAUCCUUUAAUUACUACUAUGAUAAAUGGAAGCAAGGUUCUGACGUUAGAGUAUAUAUUUUAGACUCCGGAGUUCAUAAUAAUAAAUGUGAAUUUGAUAAUAGAGUUGAAUUUGGUCAUGAUUUUACCGGGGAGGGUCAAGGUGAUGGUAAUGGUCAUGGUACGCAUGUGGCAGGGAUUGUCGGGUCAAAAACUUUUGGUGUAGCCAAAAAAGUUACAAUUGUAGAUGUUAAAUGUUUGGACGCUAGAGGCCAGGGAACCCUAAUUACUGUUUUAUCCGCCAUUGAAUUUGCUGUUAAUGACUGUAAUAAACAUCCAGGAAAGAGAUGUGUAGCUAAUUUAAGUCUUGGUGCUCUAAAAAAUACUAUCAUUAAUAAUGCCAUUAGAGCCGCGGUAGAAGAUGGAGUUGUAAUGGUUGUUGCAGCAGGUAAUUUUAAUAUGAAUGCAUGUUGGAGUAGUCCUGCUUCUGCUCCUGAAGCAAUUACAGUUGGUGCUUUUGAUGAUAGAAUUGAUACCAUCGCCAAAUUUAGUAAUUGGGGACCAUGUGUCGAUAUUUUUGCUCCUGGUGUUGGGAUUGUAUCAUUAUCAAAUAGAGUAUAUCCAAAAUAUAUUGCAUAUUCCGGUACUUCUAUGGCAUCACCUAGUGUUUGUGGUAUGGUUGCAUUAUUAUUAGAUAAAGGUAUAGAAAGUAAAGAUGCUAAAAGGAAGCUAAUUGAAAUGGCGACUGAUGACAUUUUUCAAAAAAGAACUUUGAUCUUUAAACCAAAGACUCCAAACAGAAUAUUAUUUAGUGGAAUUGACAAAGAGGAUGAUGAUUGUAAUAAUAUGAAUUUUCCACAGUUAGAUCUUGAUGUUUUAAUCGAGGAAUUAAAUGAAUAUUCUACUACUUCUGAUAUCAAAGAAAGAUACGAUAAGAAUUAUCAUUUACGUCUUGACAAUGAUGUUUUACUUCCAUUCCAAGAGUCUCAAAUAAUGAAAAGAGAUGUUAAUUAA